AUGGCCACCGAAGCCCCUCCAGACCUCGCCUCCACUCUUUCCCCAGAAGAACUCAAAGCGAUCAUCGCACGUGGCUACGACACCAUCGCCCCCCAGUACCUCGCAUGGUCCGGCCCACGCCCCACAACGACGCGCGCCGCGUACGUCGCGCAGCUCCUCGACCUCCUCGACCCUGGGGCGUCCAUUCUCGAGCUCGGUUGUGGCGCGGGCGUGCCUACGACGCAAACGAUCGCCGCGCACCCCAAGAAGUUCCACGUUACCGGGGUGGACAUCAGCGCCGCCCAAGUCGCACUCGCGCGCGAGCAUAUAGGGAGGGGGAGGGUGGCGUUUGAGCAUGCGGACAUGGCGAAGCUGCACUACGAGGAGGGGAGCUUCGAGGCGGUGCUCGCGUUCUACUCGAUCUUUCACCUUCCGAGGGAGGAGCAGCCAGCGAUGAUAGGAAAAGUGGUGAAGUGGCUAAAGCCUGGGGGAUAUUUGUUGUUGAACAUGAACACGAAGGACGAGGUGGUCCAUAGGGAGGACUGGAUGGGUGCGCCGAUGUUCUCGUUCGGGAUUGGGGUGGAGGGGAAUAGGAGGGCGUUUGAGGAGUACGGGAAGGGGUUGAAGAUACUGGUGGACGAGGUGGCGGUAGAGAAGGUCGGGAGGUUCGAGGAGACAUUCCAUUGGUUUUUCGCGCAGAAAGAGUAGGGAACAAGGACGAAAUUACCUGAGUCUGGGCAUUGAACAUCCCGCGGAGAC